UGUGUCCGGGAAGUGCUGCCUGACAGAUUGUACUCAGGGUGAAAGCUCAUAGACAUCUUAAAGGGCCAGUGUUCGGAUAUGUAGCGGGCUUAUGGAUAUACUGGGGCUGCUGGGAAUCGAAACUUAACCGGGGACUGGGAAGUAAGACGCGGAGCUCCAGCGGCUCUCCUCCUCGUCGCUGUUUAUCAGCGACAGGACUAAACUACCUCUCUCUUAACUGCUGAACAGUUGUUCUGUCUGUUUCCGCUCGCACACAGAAUGACACGCGUUUAAACUUUGCUUGGCUUCAAUGAACUUCCUUUCUUUGUCAGUGAACAGCCAUGGAUCCUGCCAGACAGAAACGCAAAGAGGAGAUAAGCAAAGCUCUGACAUUCAUACAGUCUUCGUUGGCUUAUCCAGAGCCUGAGGGCUACCAGGACUUCCUGACCCAGUUAGUGUGCAACCUACUCGAUGAGGGCAACGCCUUCUUCAGAGACAGAGACUGGGAGCAGGCAGUAAGGGAGUUCAGUGAAGGCCUGAAUGUCUCACACUACGCUGCAGCAGAGGACAUCCAGAUCCCCGGAGUUCUACUGGAGAGCCUUUAUGUCAACCGGGCUGCCGCCUACCAGAGUAUGGGGGAGUAUGAUCACGGCGUGAAGGACUGUGACAAAGCUUUGGAAGUGUGUAAGGACAGUCGCAGGGCUCUGUACAGGAAGGCACUUUGUUUGAAGGAGCUUGGGAAUUACAAGGAGGCCUACAACUGCACCACGAACUAUCUGCUCAUUACUCGUCUGGACAAACAGGUGAAUGAGCUCGCACAGGAGCUGGCCGUCCAUCUGGGACUAAAAAAUCGAAAGCCCUACGUCAGUGCAAAGGAAGGUGGACUUACUACGAGAGUGUCUGCGAAUGGAAACAUGACUGCUGAAAGCAUCCAGGUGCCCGGUGCGAAUUUAGGAAAUGGUGUAAAUCCUCUAAGUGGCAUAGCACCAGUCAGCUUUCCGGGCAUGCCUCAUUCCUCCCGUCCCUCCACAACUCCCAACUGCCGCCAGCCUGCUGUCGCCAUAGUACCUGACAAGCUGGACACUUUGGAGGACUCUGAGCUGAUGGGAGAUGACUUGGACAGCCUGCUCGACUGCUUUCCUAAUGAGCAGGUGCCAGCUGAGGCAGCAUUCUCACUCCCAGGCAGGACAUCCACUCACACACACGCCGUCCCUUCAGUCCUGCCCGCCCCAACACCCCAGCUACCCCCGGCCUUCUUCAACUCAGCCGUCAGCCAGCUUAACUCCCUGGACUCCCUCACAAGUGGUGGGCACAGCGCACUUGAUGCCCUGGAUGACCUUUCGCCCUUGCAGGGUCUGGAUGCCUUAGACAGCUUCUCUCCUGUAGUCGCAGGCGCUCCAAACCUUAGUCUGACCUCUGCAGCACUGGAUGCUUUGGAUGGCCUUGAUUCUCUGGAUGACUUCUUGGAUACGGUGCCAAGCGCUGAUAUUGUGGAGGAAGUCAAUGAGUCCAAAACAGAACUGGACACAAAGGAAAAGUCCCUCGAUGAUUUGCUAGAUGAGCUAGAUCCCCUGGAGACAGUCUCUGAUCCAAGUGGUCAGAGCGGUUAUGUCCCAAAAAUUGGUGUGAAAACUGUGGACCAGCUCGACUCCCUUGAUGCCCUGGACUCAUUUCCCUCCAUGGAAGGAGGUGGGGCAGCUUUGCCAGCAGUCUCCAUUGGGGGAAUGGGCUUAGACUCCCUUUCCGAUUUCAGCUCCACCGGUAUCGCAGGCUCUCACAGUGCUGUCGCUCCAGCAAUACGUUCUCCAAAGAACAUUUACAAAGAGAGGAGUAACCAAGCUUCAGUUGCAGUCUCCAACCCUCUGUCCAACACCCACGAAUUCAUGCAGGCCUGCUCUGUCUGUUUCCCUCGGGAAGGUCAAGGGAUAUAUACUUUUGUUCACAAGCCAGAUCUGGUCCACAGCUGUAAGCAAGACAUUCUGUUAUGCAGACGAAAGGCAGGUUUUUCUUCAGAGUGGACCAGAGUGCGACCGCUUCCUACCUGGACGUCCUUCACUGGACCAUUUGUACUUUGCAGAGAGCUGCUGAAGUCUGGGGAUUUGGGCCUCUGUAAGUAUGGAGAGAAAUGCAACUUUGCCUUCAACCAGUUCGAGAUUGAUGUUUGGGCAGAAGAGAGAAAGGGGACGCUGGACAGAAAGCUGCUGUUUGAACCGGCAGAAGUCAAACUGGACCCAGUAAACAGUAUCAUACGCCUUAUACAGGAACAUAAGGGCAUGUUCAUGUUCCUCUGUCAGAAAUGCUAUGACAGUAAACCUAGGAUCAUCAGCAAGCGCUGCAGAGACAAUCACACAGUCUGCUCUAACUUGGAUACCCGCCACACCUUUGAUGCCAAUAAGUGUUUGGCAUUUGUAGUGAGGACCACCAGUGUGAACUACAGAAAGAUCCGCCCACUGAGCAUCCAGUGCCAAUUGGAUUUGUGCCGCCAAAGCAUCCGGUACGGCUGCCAGAGAGAGGACAGCUGCUACUAUGCCCACUCCGUCAUCGAGCUCAAAACCUGGAGGGUGCAGCAAGACACAGGUAUCAGUCCUGAUGAGAUUGUAAAAGUAUCCACAAAAUAUCAUGACAACUCAAGCAAAGGGAAAGUAAAUAGAUUGUCUGCUGGUGGAAAUAGUGGGAACAAACCAAGAGGAGGAGGAGGAGUCGGGAAGAGUCUUAACAUGAAGAUGAAGUUUGCCUGUGUUCAGUGCUGGCGGGACGGUCUGAUCAGUGAGCCAGACAAAACCCUCAAGUACUGCAACGCCAAGGCCAGGCACACGUGGACUAAAGAGAGACGGACACUGCUGGUGAAGUCCUUGGAGAGAAGUAAAUGGGUUCAGGUCCGACCGCUGCCACAUGCCAAAAACUUCCCAGUGCAGUAUGAUAUAUGCAUCCAGAUUUUAGAGAAAAGGAAAUGUAACUACGCAGGGAACUGCACCUUUGCCCACAGCCAAGAGGAGAAGGAGAUGUGGAUGUAUAUGAAAAAUAAUGACUUGCGGGAUAUACAGCAGAUGUAUGACAUGUGGCUGACAUUAACCACCCAAAACCGACAAGCUGAUGGAGCCAUGCUCACCCAGUCCGUCCCAGAAGAGAAAUACAUCGUCAUGCCAACUGACUAUGCUGAACCAAUGAGUGGCUUCCACUGCCGUCUGUGUGGUAAACACAGUAACAGCGAGCGGCAGUGGCAGCAGCACAUCUCCACUGAGAAGCACAAGGACCGUGUAUUCAGCUGUGAGGGAGAAGACGAAGCUCUGACGUGGAGCUACCGCUUCCCUGGCACAUGCUUCGAACUCUGCUCCAAGUUGGAUGGCGCAUGUCCUGACGGUGUGAGCUGUGACUACGCCCACAGUCCUGAGGAGCUGCAGGAGUGGACCGAGAGAAGAGACUUCCUGCGACAGAAACUGGCCAAAGCCCGGGAAGACAUGCUCAUCAUGCCUGACGAGUUUGACUUUGGGAAGUACAACUUUCUACUUCAAGACUAAGAAGAUAUUUUUUUUUUCUUUUGAAAAAUGAACUUUGUGAGCCAUUUUUGUGACUGUCAAACUAUCAUUUUAGUGUAUUAAGAGUUUUCACAACUAAAACCAAAAUCAACAAAUGACGUGAGAAAACAGCACUCCGUACAAUUUGCCAAAAGAUCAUUUGAAAUAUGAAGCACUUGUAUUUCCUUUCCAAAACAUACCAUGUACUCUUGACUUGAAAUUGGUAAAUAUUUUAAAUUUCUUCUAAUUAUAGUGUAUGGACGUUUUUCAGAACUUUUGCUCAUGUCUGUUCAGCUAAAACAUCAAGAUCAGUAAAUAAAAAAACACUCAAUGCUGUGAAACUAAGGCUCAUGUUGACGCCACUCUGAAAAACACAGCAGUCACACACACUGUUCAUCACAGAUUAUUCAUAAUGGGUUCAUAUCAUAUUUACAUGUAUUUCAUAUAUAUAACCUUACAUGCAGCCAUUAUGUGCUCUCAUCCAUGUGAUGUCUGUACAAAAUGUUGUGAAAUUGUUCUUUUCUGUUCUGUUUGUGUCCUUUUAAGCAGGGAGUAUUAUCAAGUGCUUUCAUUGCAAAGGCCACUUAACUACUGUAAACAUGGGGCAUCUCAUUUUAAUCAUAUACUGAUAAGUGGAAUAUUUCCAGAUGUUUGCUUUAAUAUCAGAGAGGAUUUUCAAAGCCUUAACUAUCCAUUAAAUACUCCCCACAACCUGAUUUCUCAAGUUUCUCACCAUUCAGAACAAAUAAAAACGAUCAUGUUCAGAUCAGAUUUGUACUCUU